UACAGCAACCACUCUGUCUGUCAGAGAGCAAAACACACACACACACACACACAAGAGCUGAUACAAGCUAGCUAUGCAUUGAAGAAACCCCUUUACGGACCGGCUUUCUCCGGUGCAAAAUACCGGGUUCAACGUGAGUAACAUCAAUUCAACAAGAUUUUCAUUUGAGCAAAUACCCGUGCCAUGGUGACUCCUUGCUUGUCAAAUACAAAGCGAAGAAUUUCAAGAAUUUGAGUGGUCAAAGGAACGCUACUGCCACACUUAACGUUAGCUGACGUUGGCUAGCUAAUGCUGAGGACCCCUUCAUGAAACACACGGCAACAUUUCUUUGAUGAAGACGUAACAACAUUUGAAGGAUCGUGAAGAUGGCGACUGGAGCGGGUUGGCAGCAAUACUACAGCCCUGCAGCUGGCAAUCCAUCGUCCGGAGCAGGGAAAUAUAAUUCUGGCUCAUCAUCUACAAUGUCUUACCAGUCGGGCAUCACCAUGGAAUAUACCCAAGAUCUGCACCUCAAAAUGAGCAAGAAAAUAGCACAGCUGACAAAGGUGAUCUACGCCCUCAACACCAAGAACGACGAGCACGAGGCGGCCAUCCAGAUACUGAAGGAGGCGCACGAGGAGGAGGUGCAGCAGAUCCUGUCGGAGACGCGGGAGAAGAUCAUGCAGUACAAGGGUAAGAUCAGUGACGAGAUGGACCUGAAGCAGCGCAUCCAGUCCAUGGAGGAGUCCAUGGAGCUGCAUGAGCGCAUGAAGCGCCAGGCCCUCGCCGAGUUUGAGACCUACCGGCAGCGCGUGGAGGACAUGCAGCUGUGCACCGAGGCGCAGCACACACAGCGUGUUGUCACCAUGUCCCGCGAGGUGGAGGAGAUGCGGCGCUCGUUCGAGGAGAAACUGCGCUUCUUCGGCACAGCACAGGCCCAGUUUGAGCAGGAGAAGAAGCUGGUGCUGGAAGAGCUGAAGGCCAACCAUCGGCAGGAGGUGUCGGAGCUGCUCCGCAGCCACCAGAGCCAGAACCAGAACCACAGCAAGGACCAGGAGAAACUGGGCCAGCUGCACAAGGCGGAGGUGGAGUCCCUGUCGGAGCGCGUGGAGGAGGUGAAGGGGGACAAGAAGAGGCUGGUGGAGGAGUAUGAGGCCAAGCUCACCAAGGCCCAGGCCUUCUACGAGCGCGAGCUGGAGGCCAUGAAGCGCACGCAGCAGCUUACCGCAGACAACCUGCAGGCCUGGAAGAAGACUGAGGCGGAGCUGCGGAGGGAGUUCCACAUGCAGGAGGCAGCACUGCAGAAGACCCUGGGGAAGCUGCGCUCCGAGCUGCAGAGGGUGCAGGAGGAGGCUCGGGAACACAGGGAGAAGUCCCACAAGUUACAGGCCUCGCUCACUGCAACCGAGAGCAACAUCAAGGACUUGAGCAAACAGCUGGACGAGGUGACGCAGGAUGCCGAGAUCGUGGAGAUCCGACAGAAGGAGGCUGAGUGCGAGCUGGAGGCCACCAGAGAUCGUGUGCAGCAGCAGGCCACAGAGAUCCUCCUCAAAGCCAGUCACAUUGGCAGCCUGCAGGCCACUCAGAUGACCCACGAGGCAGCCAUCCGGGACCUGGAGUCUGAGAAGUCUCGUCUGAAGGACAAGGUGAUCCGUCUAGAGGAGGAGCGCGGGGCCCUCCAGAACAAGACCCACGCACUAGACGACAGGCAGAGGCAACAGAUUCUAUCCCUGGAGAAGACUCUACGGGAGGAGAAGCAGGUGUAUGAGAAAGAGAUGGUGAACAUGCGUGCCAAAUACGAGGACGACGCCGCCCACUUCAAAGAGUCACAGACCCGGGCGCUGGAGGAGCUGUCGAAAAGACACCGGACCACCCUGGAGAACACACAGACUACUGCCGAGAAGGAGAAGAGCCGGCUACUGGCCGAAAUGGAGCAGCAGUUUGAGAGGGAGAGGCUCUCAUUGGAGGAGCAGGAGAACCAUCUCAGACAGCAACUGGACAGCCUGAAGGAGGAGCUCGCCACCAAACUUGAACAAGCCAAUCAGGAGGUGUUGCGCCUGCAGGAGCUGGUGAAGGAGGGUGAGCAGGGUAUGGGUACAGCAGAGGGACACAUCACCAACCUGAAGGAGGCCCAGGACAAACUAGCGGAGGAGCUGGACGCUACCAGGGCCAGACUGAGAGAGACCAGCAACCUGCUGACGGCCCUGCAGGGAGAGAUGGAGGCCCAGAAGAAGCAGCACGAGGCUAAAGUCAUUACCACUAAAGAGGACGAGAAACUCAAGAUGGACAAGAUGGCGCUGGAACUGGAGCUCAAGUGGACCGAGACGUUAAGGCAGGAGUGUAAGAAGCUACGUGAGGAGCUAAGGGAGGAUCAUGAGGAUGACAAGCGGGCAGCCCUCUCCCAGCUGGCCCAGAACAAGGAGCAGGAGCUGGGCAGUGCCCGCGAGAGCUGGCAGAGGAAGGUGGAGGACCUACUGGAGCAGAUCUCGUUGCUGAAGCAGAGUCUGGAGAUGCAGCUGUCUCAGUCGCAGAGCUCCCUGCAGCAGCUGCAGGCCCAGUUCAGCCAGGAGCGGGAGCACCUGGGCCAGCAGCUCCAAGAGCUGCAGCUGGAGUACCAGCGCAGGGAGCACAGCCUGCAGGAGGCCCACUGCUGCACCAUGCAGGACCUGGAGGAGACCCGUCAGCACGACCUCAAGGAGCUGGAGCAGCGUCUCCGGCAGCAGCACCACAUGGAGCUCCAGUCUGUGAGAGAGGCCCACAGACACAGCAUCGAGACUCUCAAACAGCAGUCGGAGCAGGAGCUGCAGACACUACGCUUCGAGCUGGAGGACGAGGGCAAAGCCAUGCUGGCCUCUCUGCGCUCGGAGCUCAACCACCUCCACGCCUCGGCCAUAGAACAGCUACGGCAGACCCACCAGCAGGAGACAGCUACAGCCAAACUAGAGCUGGAGAAUGCACUGGAGAACAGCCGGAUGCAGGAGAGGGAGUUGCUGGGCCGUAUCUCAGACCUGCAGGAGGAGGUGGUAAGGAGGAAGAACCACAUUGCUGAGCUGGACCACGAAAUCCACACACUGAAUGAAAACAUCAACACGCUCACCAAGGAGCUGGAGCUUAAGGGCAAGGAGGUGCUGAAGAUCCGCAGUGAGGCCAACCAGCAGAUCAGGGCUCAUGAACAGGACCUGUGUAAGAAACACGAGCGGGAGAUGGCUGAGAUGAACGCCAUGCACAACAGAGAGACUCAGAACAUGCUGUGUGACUUCAACAAGGCCCAGGAGCUACUCAAAGACAAGAUCUCUGCUCUGCAAGUCCUGCUGGAGGGCACGGAGGAUAAGUUCCGGAACAGGGAGAGCCGGCCUGAGGACCUGCAGGUGAUCGCUGAGCUAAAGGACAUGGUGACUGAGAGGGAGUCCCUCGUCAAGAAGCUGGUGGACGACAAAAAGUUCUACCAGCUGGAGUUGGUGAACAGAGAGACCAACUUCAACAAAGUGUUCAACACCAGUCCCAACGUGGGAGUAAUAAAUCCCCUCAUCAAGCAACAGAGAAAGAAUGACAAAUCAGCAAACCGAUUCAGCAGCUCUCCAAACCUCAGGGCUCUGGAGGCGACAGGAACAGGGAUGGGGAGCGGGCAACCCCAGCCCAACCGCCUAGAGCCUAUCCCCAACUCCCCCAUUCACCACCUUGAGCUCAACACUAGCAAACCUCUGCCCCCACCGACCCCUCCGACAGAGCCCAAGAAAUUCAUGAGCCCUCCUGAGACAGAAGAGUCACCCGUAGGAUCCCCCGACCACCAGCGCCAGGAGUGGUUCGCCCAGUACUUCACUUUCUGACUUUUGCAACUCGAGAGCAUGUCAACCAUAGGAAACGAAAAAAUACAACAAACAAAAAAAAAAGAACAUUAUUUAAUGAUCUCCAUCUCAUUCUGUUGAUUACUUCACCGUGAACAGAUUCCUUGUUUGUACAGUGCCGAUGAGUAUGUUUGACGUUUUCUUUUCUGCAGUUUCUAAAGAGUGAUGCAUAUGCUGCUACAGUAAAUUGUCCUCUCUCUGUACCUUAUUUUAGAAUGGCACCAUAGCGAGAGUUUGUUACAGACGCAUAACCAAUUUUGGUAGAAUUAAACUGUUUGUAUGGUUGUCUCAACACAGAUAUAAUGAUGUCUCACCAAUUUUAAAAAUAAAUUGCAUAUUUUAUAUUUAUAUUAUACUAUGUAUGCUUAACUAAUAAAUAAUUAUUGUGA